CGCAGGAGCAUCCCGGGGACCUUUACUUGUGUAAUGUUUGCACGCCAGGGCUGGUGCUUCCAGCUUUACCUGCUCAGGGAGUUUACUGCGUUGCACGGGUACAAACUGGCACCAUGCGCACCCACUGCAGAGACAUGUAGAACAAUACACGGUGCGUAAUAUGCGCUCCUGUUUUGGGUAUGUGUUUUACAGCUGGGCGCAGACAGGCUCAGUGACAUGUUCCUGCAUCCGGAUCUAAUUGGAAGCACUGCGUUCGGGAUUAUAUCAACUGUGUAUUGUAGAGAGACUAGAAUGGACAUGUAUGUUAAAGAAUAACUAAAGGAUAUUUACGCAGCCAAACGUGAUGGAUAAUCGACGGAAAAAGAAGCUGACAUUCUUCACCAUCGGACUCAUAUUUCUUCUCAGCGGUGUGGAAUAUGCUGUAAUAUUGCCCACAAUAUGGAGGUACCUGCAGACUUUGGAUGCAGCACCUUACUUCCUGGGUCUGGCCCUCUCGGCAUUCAGCUUGAGCGGCCUCCUGUCGGCACCGCUGUUUGGCCACUGGUCUGACAGAACGCGGACUACCAAAAAGAUCAUCUUGUUUGCAAACUUUUUUGAGAUUAUUGGUAAUUUUAUGUACUUUAUGGGCUUCUCCAAAUGGCUGUUACUGUCAAGCAGACUGAUAGCAGGCAUCGGCACAGGUGCUGGCUCAUCUAUCUUUGGCUUCCUGACCAGAAUAACUACCCCAGACGAUCGCGCCACUGCAUUCGCUGCUGUCAUGGCAUGCCGACAAGCUGGCCUUCUGAUCGGUCCAGCAUUCAACAUCUUCCUGAGGCUGUGUGAUUUCCACCUGGGCCCCUUUGUGGUGAAUAAAUAUACAGCGCCAGGGUUGUUCAUGUGCCUGCUUUGGGCUCUCCUUCAACUGGUGGUGAUCUUCAUGUACUGGGACCUACCUUCUCUAGAGAAAGGGAGGGCCAAGGAGAGUUCGUCGAGCAGCAGCAGGGAGGAGGAUAAUGAGCGAGGGCCUGUGGAAGAGGACAAUGAUGAGGAAAAGCCGCUAAUGGGGUCCCAGGAGCUCGGUGGGUCCUACGGCUCAGUGGUGACGUCCAACCCAUCUAGAUACGACACUCCUGAUGACUCGAUUGCCACGCCGAAUCACAUCUCUCCGCCUGCCUCUCCUGUGCCACAAGAGUCCCAGGAGUCUUCCAGCCCCUUUAAGAACUUCAGCAUGUCCCGAGAGUUCUUGAGAGAGGAAGUGGUCGUGCUGCUGGCUGCUCAGUUCAUCACCCUCUUCAAUCAGACAGCACUGGAGACCAUGGUCACUCCGAUGACCCAGAAGUACUUCGGCUACGGGGAGCUUGAGAACAGCGUGAUGUACUGUCUCUGCGGUGUUGAGGUGAUCGCUGGCUUUCUGUUUGUGCGUUGGCUGAGCCAGCGGGUGGCUGAGCGCGUUGUCCUUGCCAUCGGUCUGGCUAUCUGUAACAUCUCCGGUAUCUGGUGCCUCAUCUUCCUGGCUAGCCCACUAGGUGGUUUCCCCUGGCCGCUGACUGAAUUCAUCAUUGGGGUGUUCCUGCAGGUGUUGGGUUUGCCAUUUGUAGCUGUGGCUCAGGUUUCCCUCUUCUCCAAAGUCACUUCUGAGAAAACACAAGGUUUCAGUCAGGGAGUGCGUCGCUCGGUGGGAGGUCUAGCCACCAUCCUGGGCCCGCUGUGGGCCGGCGGCCUCACUGAGAACUUGUACAUCAUGAUGGGGGUGAUGAUGGCACUGCUGGCGCUGCUAUCGAUGAUGCUGGCUUUCUCAUAUGACCGGCUGGUUGCACCUGUGACAGAGGAGCAAGUGGAUGAUUCGGACAACAGCGGCUAAUCCUCCCGAUGGUUAUGAAAGUGGGAGCUUCUCUGUCCAGCACCUUCCAGUCCCUCCACAGUCUCACUCUCUGCACUGGGGACCAGCAUGCAGGGUGACAACACACACAUACCAACAGCACAAACCUCACCACCUCCCCGAGGGCUUUACCUUAAACUUGGACUUGUCAGCUUUGCGCAGAGAGGCUGAUCAAAGUACUGAUAUGGCGUAUAUGUACAUUUCCCAUGGAAAUAUGGAAUCCUGCUGACGCUGCGUGUGCAAGCUGUGGGGCAAAAAUUGUUUCCGCCCUUUUGUGUUCCGCACCAAGCACCAGCUGCACAUUCAGCCAUUAACGAACAUGCCAAACGGUUGUGGAUUUAGCUGACCUGCAGGAGAAUGAAUUAGCUGUUCAGCUUUGAUACUUGAUACUCCAGGUAGAAAAUGAGGCUUUGUUGCCCUCUGAAGUGAAGUACUCAGAGUUUAGAGAGAUUUGACUUUGCUGAUGUGUCAGAAGGAUUCGUUCAUUCCAUCUACACAUGACAUUAUGAAGGUUUCUCUUUCUAAAUAUUUGCAAAAUUGUAUUUUAUUUUCUCUGCAAGUUGUAUUUAUUCAUUUCAGUUUUUAAUUAUGUGCUUUUAUGACUUGAUACUGGCCUCUACUAUUAAAGCAACACAUGGGGUCACUGUCUUAGAGAACUAACACUAAAAAUUGAAACAAUGUGGGUUGUACCUGUUUGUGAUUAAGAUGCACUUUCAGUGGCAGUUGAAACCUCACCGCAAUAAAAUUCUCAGGGAAACACUAAAUACAGUGGAUAUCUGUUAGGCCCUAAUUGAACUGAAUUGGUUAUUAAAAUUUAAAUCUCAAGUUCCCUGACUUUAAAAGGACAAAUUUCAAAUUGAUUGAGACUGAUGUCGUACAUAUUUUAAACACUAGUGGGCGCUCUUAGUCUUCCUACCAAAGAAUAUCUGUACGUCUGAUCUCAGUCCAUAAGGUCAAGUGCACAAUUGCAAAUACACAUUUAGGGAACUUUUUGGGAACUUGUUGGACAAAAAUAGUUUUGUAUUUGUUUUAGGUGACAGUACAGAAAAUGCAAACCCAAAGGCUUUACAUUAUGUUUUGUAACUCCUGAUAAUUUGUUCCGUUUUUUUAAUCAUUAAAACCAAAAAUAGAUUAUGUACCAUGAGACUAUUUAUUUAUUAUUUAUUAUGCAUUUAUUUAUUAGAUAACAUGUGGGCAUCUAACAUGUACGUUAACUUUUUUUUUGUAUUAUUUGUCUCUUAACAGAAAAGAAAAUCUUCCACCAUACUUCACCGGCUUGUGUUUUAUUAUUCUCUUGAAAACAGCAAGUGUGUGUGUGUGCAAUAAAUUACAUUUAAAAA